AUGGAACAAGGGAACCAAACGUUUGCACCCGGAUUCAUCUUGCAAGGGCUCUUCCACCAAGCAGGCCAUGAAGGCCUCAUCUUCGGCGUCCUUCUCUUCGUAUAUCUGCUGAUUCUACAGGGCAACCUGCUGAUCGUCCUUCUGAUCUGCUGUGACACCCGAAUGCUCCACACACCAAUGUAUUUCUUCCUCAGCUUUCUAGCUCUGGCUGACAUAUGUUUCGCAUCUUCCACUAUCCCCAUAAUGUUGCGUAACCUGAUUUCCCAGGACAGGGUCAUCUCUUAUCAUGGUUGCUUCUUUCAGAUGUAUUGUUUCUUGGCCUUUGGCAACACUGACAACUUCCUUCUUGCCACCAUGGCCUAUGACCGCUACGUGGCUAUCUGCUGCCCACUGCACUACAAAGCCUUGAUGAACACCAGGCGUUGCCUCUUAAUGGUCUCUGGCUCCUGGCUCCUGGCCCUCUUUCAGGCUACGCUGUAUACAUCCAUGCUUUCCUCGCUCUCCUUUUGCACAUCCCGGGAGAUCCCCCAUUUUUUCUGUGAAUUCUAUCCUGUGCUAGGGCUUGCCUGCUCUGAUACCACUGCUGUAAAGCUUUUGGCACUCACAGAAGGGGUGCUAGAUUUUCUGGGGCCAUUUAUCUUCAUUGUGGCCUCCUAUCUGCAUAUCUUUGUCACCAUUAUGAAGACUUCCUCCUCCUCCAGCAAACACAGGUCCUUCUCCACAUGUGGGUCUCACCUGUCUGUGGUUAUCCUAUUCUAUGGCACCCUCUGCUGGAUCUAUACUCAGCCUACCUCUAAGAACAAGGUCCUGCCUACUCUCAUGUACACAGUGGUUACUCCUAUGCUGAACCCCUUCAUCUAUAGUUUGAGGAACAAUGAGAUGAAGAGAGCCCUGAGGAGGCUCCUUAGUAGGGUGAGCAGUUUCAUUCACAGGAACUGGAAAUAA